GGGGGCGGGGGGCGGGAGGGGACCAGGGGGGAUGGCUCGCCGCUUGGGGAAGAGGGGACCCGGUCUUUAGCCAGGGGGUCCCACCCUCCAGCCCGGCACCCCAUCCCGGCCUCCGCAGCGCGCAGAGCCCGCUUCGCGCAUCGCGGCUGCGGGCUUUGUCUGCUCGGCCGAGCGCCUCUCCCCGCGGGCCAGAGCCGGGAUCGACUCUGGGAUUGCGGGAGGGGGAGCGGAGAGGGAGCGCGCAGGGCGGGAGAAGAGGGGAGAGAGAAAGCCGCAGUGACCUAGCCGGGACCGCUCCCCGCCCUCUCACGCCCUCCCAUUAUCCUAAGAAAGAGGGAUUCGAGACCGGCCGGGACCGGGAGGGGGCCUGUCUUAGGGGGGCGCGCUCCAUUCGCCUUUUUUCAACCCGUUCUGUGUUACACUGACUCCUCACCCCAUACCCGCCUCUUGGAAAAAUUAGGGACCUAGACUUCCAUCACACCCCCAGCUCUGCCUCCAAGCCGCGGGUAAAGACCGAAGGCACAUCCCUAUCCUCCUCGGGUCAAGGAAUUCGUCCUCGCGCCCCCAAGGGCGGGAAACUACAACUCCCGGCAUGCCCCGAGCGCCCCCGGCGCGCCCCCCUCCCGUCAGUUCCAUGCUGCUCCAUCCAGUUCAUUUAAAACAAAAGAGUUUGAGCGCUGGAAGGGGCUGGGCUCUAUUGGGGGCCACUGAGCGCCGCUCCUGGACUGGGGCUCGGUGCGGGAGCCUAAGGGGGCCGUCUGCACGGCGGGGUCUAGAGACUCCCGGGUCCGAGGCGGGAGGGGUGGGGGCAGAGAUUCCCGCAGCCCCCCGCCCCCCGUCACCCCGGGAGAGGAGAGGAGAUCUGCUUUCUCGGUUCUGCUUCUCUUUACCCCACCCCCACCCCGGGGGCUGGGGCGAGGGGAGUCGGGUUACAGGGUGUUUGGGGAGGGGGGCUUAGGGGGAGGGUCUAUCUUUCUAUCUCGCUUUCUUCCCCCCUCCCCAGUUCUUUGUUCCCCCCUCCCUACACACCCCCCUCCUCUCCCCUCCCCUCCUCUCCUCUUUUCCCUUCCACCACCUCUCUCUCUCUCUCUCCCUCUCUCUCUCUCUCCCCCAGCUUUUGUUUCGCCAUGCCUAGUCUAGUGGUAUCUGGAAUAAUGGAAAGAAAUGGGGGCUUUGGAGAACUAGGAUGUUUCGGGGGAAGCGCUAAGGACCGAGGGCUGCUGGAAGACGAGCGCGCCCUUCAGCUGGCUCUCGAUCAACUCUGCCUCCUGGGUUUGGGGGAGCCCCCCGCCCCCACGGCGGGCGAGGACGGGGGAGGUGGGGGGGGCGGCGCCCCCGCGCAGCCGGCCGCCCCCCCGCAGCCGGCCCCUCCGCCGCCGCCGGCGGCGCCCCCGGCCGCCCCGACGGCGGCCCCCGCGGCGCAGACGCCCCAGCCCCCCACCGCCCCCAAAGGGGCCAGCGACGCCAAGCUCUGCGCUCUCUACAAAGAGGCCGAGCUGCGCCUGAAGGGGAGCAGCAACACCACGGAGUGCGUACCCGUGCCCACCUCCGAGCACGUGGCCGAGAUCGUGGGCAGGCAAGGCUGCAAGAUUAAGGCUCUGAGGGCCAAGACCAACACAUACAUCAAGACACCAGUACGGGGCGAGGAGCCAGUAUUCAUGGUGACCGGGCGGCGGGAGGACGUGGCCACAGCUCGACGGGAAAUCAUCUCAGCAGCAGAGCACUUCUCCAUGAUCCGUGCCUCCCGCAACAAGUCAGGGGCAGCGUUUGGCGUGGCGCCUGCCCUGCCCGGCCAGGUGACCAUUCGUGUGCGGGUGCCCUACCGUGUGGUGGGCUUGGUGGUGGGCCCCAAGGGGGCAACCAUCAAGCGCAUACAGCAGCAGACCAACACGUACAUUAUCACGCCAAGCCGCGACCGCGACCCGGUGUUUGAGAUCACGGGUGCCCCGGGAAACGUAGAGCGUGCGCGCGAGGAGAUCGAGACGCACAUCGCGGUGCGCACCGGCAAGAUCCUCGAGUACAACAAUGAAAACGACUUCCUGGCGGGGAGCCCCGACGCCGCGCUGGAUAGCCGCUACUCGGAGGCCUGGCGCGUGCACCCGCCCGGCUGCAAGCCGCUCUCCACGUUCCGGCAGAACAGCCUGGGAUGCAUCGGCGAGUGCGGAGUGGACUCCGGCUUUGAGGCCCCGCGCCUGGGCGAACAGGGCGGGGACUUUGGCUACGGCGGCUACCUGUUUCCGGGCUACGGCGUGGGCAAGCAGGACGUGUACUACGGCGUGGCCGAGACCAGCCCCCCGCUCUGGGCGGGCCAGGAGAACGCCACGCCCACCUCGGUGCUCUUCUCCUCCGCCUCCUCCUCCUCCUCCUCUUCCGCCAAGGCCCGCGCGGGGCCCCCGGGAGCCCACCGCUCUCCUGCCGCCUCCGCAGGGCCCGAGCUGGCGGGCCUCCCGAGACGGCCGCCCGGAGAGCCGCUCCAGGGCUUCUCCAAACUUGGCGGGGGCGGCCUGCGGAGCCCCGGCGGCGGGCGGGAUUGCAUGGUGUGCUUCGAGAGUGAGGUGACUGCUGCCCUCGUGCCCUGUGGACACAACCUGUUCUGUAUGGAGUGUGCAGUACGCAUCUGCGAGAGGACGGACCCGGAGUGUCCCGUCUGCCACAUCACAGCCACGCAAGCCAUCCGAAUAUUCUCCUAAGCCCCUUGCCCCGUGCCUCCUGGGGCCACUCCCCAGGGGCCUGCCUUGGUGCUGUUUUUCACCAGGGCCUUUUGGAAAUCAGUGAUUUGAGGGGCAAGGUGCUUAGAGAUACUCGCU